ACAAUGUUUAAAGUUAAAGGUCGACCAGCAGCUAAUGUCUUCUAUUAGGGUAUAUUUUAAUAGAAUCUUUGCAGUUUUUGCUUGAUUGCUUCUAUUAAGGAAAGUUACAGUCUUUUUCAUUUGCUUAUAUUGGUUGGCGAAAUUAACUUAGUUUUGUAGAUAGUCGUUUAAAUAUCGCUCUCCCGCUAAUGUAUCCUAUGGGCUAGAGUUUCGGUAAGAUCGCAUAUGGUUUAUUAGAGGUUAUGUUAUUGUGUGAUGUUAUUGUUCUUCAUACAAUUAGUUUGUUCAACUAAUCAGGCACCCUAAAUUUACUGUAAAUUUAAAUUAUUAAAUAUAAUUAUAAUGACGUUAUGCGAGGCGGAAAAAACGCUAAUUCUCCAUGGCGUUGAAGAAAAUUUCCGCAUUGACGGUCGUGAAAACAAUGACUACAGGCCCAUGGAACUAGAAACUGGAAUAGUAGCAUCUUCAUUUGGAUCAGCACGUUUGCGGCUUGCAAAUACCGACGUUUUGGUUUCAGUCAAAGUGGAAGUAGAUGUACCUUUACCAGAUCAGCCUGAUAAAGGAAAAUUAGAGUUCUUUGUUGAUUGUUCAGCAAAUGCAACACCAGAUUUUGAAGGAAGGGGUGGUGAUAAUCUUGCAACUGAGAUAUCAAAUUGUCUAACUGCUGCCUACAAAUCCACAACAGCAUUUGAUACUAGAGUAUUAUGCAUCAUGAAAGGCAGAAAGUGCUGGAAGUUAUACAUUGAUAUUUUACUUCUGGAGUGUGCUGGCAAUCUAUUUGAUGCUGUAUCUUUGGCAGUUAAAUCUGCACUAUGGGACACAAGGAUACCUAAAAUAAAAUCAGUUACUGCAGAUGGUAACAAGAUUGAUAUGGAAGUAUCUGAUGAAUUGUAUGAUUGUGAUAGGCUUAAUGUCAUUGAUGCACCAAUAAUGGUAACUGUAUGCAAAAUUGGUGAUAAUUGCAUAGUGGAUCCUUCAGAUGCAGAGGAACAAUGUGCAGGAGGAUCAAUUGUUAUUGCAAUAUCAAAAAACAGCUUCAGCUCAAUUGUGCAAACAGGUGGUGGAUCUCUGCAUCCAAGCACACUGAUAGAAUGCUUAAAAAUGGGGCAGGAAGUCGCUAAUCGGUUAGACAAUGCACUCGUUGAAACCUUGCACAAAAUUACAAAUGAAUCUGCAAGUGAUGUUGGUUUUAUAAGUUAAUAUCGUUAGUGGACGUGACACUUCAUUGUAUAAAAGACUUACAGAUAUCUACAAUAUUGAAUCAAAAAUUAUUUCAUGUGUUAAAAUCACACCUAUGGCCAAUCUUAAUUAUAUUUCUUAAAAAGGCAA